AUGGACCCAGGUUACUAUGCAAUGGGUAUGUCAGCAAUAUGCCGUAAUAACAAACAAAUAGGUGUUCCUGGUGAGAAGAUGACUACGAUGGAGAAGGGUUCUCCACGUACUGUAAUGUAUAAAUCUGUAGAUAUAAACGGAAUCUCCACUCGUUUGAAGUGGUGUGUAACUUGUGAGUUUUACAGGCCUCCGCGAUGCUCACACUGUUCAAUUUGCAAACACUGUAUCGACAAGGAACUAUCGGUAUUUCUUCUCGUUCCUCCUUUCACUAACUCUGCAUAUGAUCAUUGUUUUCGGAGUGUCGGUGACGUAUGUGCUGAUGCGCACGAAUCAGCUAUCUCACUACAAAGUCAUUAUUGCUAUUGGUGUGUUAAUUUUGGUAGGACUCCUCCUCCUUCCCGUACUGGUUUAACAGGAUUCCACAUUUUUCUUGUCAGCAAGGGACGUACUACAAAUGAACAAGUAACUUCAAAAUAUGAUCUUGAUAUGAACCCUUAUGAUCAAGGCCUUUGCAAGAACUGGUUGUACGUCUUUUGUACCUCUCAACCACCUAUAUUGAAUCGGUCAAAUGUAGUUAAAGUGGAUAUGUGGGGAAUAUCUUACAAUGGCAAAUCCAUUCACCACCAAACAUCAAAUUUGCUGUUUUCACCCAACAAUUCUGAACUUCCUAAUAUUUGUAAGCCAUCUGAUGAUGCGAUUAAUGGUGUUCAACAAAAAGGAGCUAUUUGCGAAAAGAUGGAUAUCAGGAAUAUAGUUGAUCAUACUUCUGAACACCAAAAUGCUACUGAAUUGAUUCCCAGUGUUCGUCAUGAUUCAGACAGUUCUGUUGUACCCAAUUCAAAUAGUAAAGGUUUGUCUGUAAACGAAACUUCGAAUGCUCCUAUAGCACUUACUAAUCAAGUAGUUGUAUCUCGAUCUCAGUCUCCCGUGUGUGGAAGAAACGGCGAAGUUAAAGCGAAUUCAAGUUUUUCUUCAGGAGGAAUUAAAUCAAAAUCUGUGAGUAACAAGGAUCAAGGUAAAAGUUUACCGUCUGAAACAGCCGCAACGAAGCAUAUAUCAAAUUUAAACAGUGCGAGUGUUGAUUCUGUUUCUGCUGUUCCAAAGGUUACUAAUAUUCAAAAGGAACUUCUAUCUAGUAGAGACCAUUUUCCGACGGUGGGUGAUCAUUCAACUCCCUUGUUAGGAUCUCAAGGGAAUCCGGAUAACAAUUUAGUUCGGGGACGUCAGUUGCAAAAAUUCACUUCAAAUCAUCAAAAUAGGCCAAGCAAUUCACUUCAACGUAAACAGCGAGAACAUUGUAUUGCUACUGGAAUCGGCAGAAGCUCUUCACGUGAUUUCGUUCCUGCUUGUUCUAAUGAGGCUUCGUGUCCGCAUACCUCUUCUACUUCGAUGAUGAAUUUGCGUGACCGUGUAGUGCUACCGGUGAAUACAUAUCCUGUAGCAGUUUCUCAACCACGUAAUGUUGUCGCCGAACAGUAUGGUGCUGCUCAGGAUUUAAAAGUUGCGCCAUCUUCACCUAAAUCUCGUUCUCCCCUAACUCUUCGUGGUAUGCAUUAUGGCAUUUCCGGAACACAUACUUCUAACCUACAGCCCAUAAACCAUCCACGUAGCAGUAUAUCGAAAGGUAUGAUAAAACCAGCGAAAUCUGAGCAACACCGUCAUGGGGUCAUGCAUCAGGCACAUUCUCGAAAUCCUGUAGCCCAAGGAAAUCAAAGGCACUUGCUAACUCACCAUAGUGCGGCUACUCAUCAACCAUUUCCACAGUCGCUUCACGGUCUUCCACCUCCUUUACCACCCCAUGGCUCUCAAUCUAGUGUCCCUCAUAUUCGUCCAAUGUGGUCUCCAGUGGUACCUCCUCAUGGUCUUUCUGUAUCAACACCAUAUUUUUUGUCGUGUGAUGCACCCGGUCACUUUACUUCUGAUGCAUCCAAUUCCUACCUACAUUUAGUCAGACCACCGUAUUUUGGUAAUUCUGAUGCCGGUUUAGUUGAUGCGUCUCAAUUUUUUACAGGUAAUACACGUCCUCAUGACCCAUCAGUUUGUAAGUAUAUUCCCCAAGCAUUUUCUCCAACUUAUGGUCCUUCAGCUAUGACACAGACUGCAUCUCUUCCAACUCCACCAUUACCUCCACAUAAUCGGACUGCUAAAAAUAACGCAUCAAACAAUCGGAUGCAACCAACUGGUUCUAAAAACUCGAAUAAUUUGAUUGCAAAAUGGCAACAGGAUGGUGAAUCUAAUUCUCCUGAUGGAACUUUUGAAAUCUCUGUUUGA